AUGUGUCUCGCUAAGAAAGAAACGUCACCGCAGAAGGAGGCUGAGUCACCUCGAUCACCUUGGAUGAAGUUUCUUAAUAGACAGAAUUCAAAACCAAGGCUGCCACGAAAGGUGACCAGCUCUACACGAGUGAAUCUAAACAAGUGCUGGUCGAAAUUGGGUGAGUUGAUCUCCAAUACGCCACCACGCACUGACCUGCCAUCGCAUAAGACUGCCUAUUUCGAGGAACCCGUUCUGGUCCCGUUCUCCGAGUACUUCUAUCCCGCGGAUCCGGUCAAACCGGUCGAAGACGAUGAUAACGCUGAAAACGAAAACAUCCUCAACUCAAACCGUUUUGAACUAAUCUCUGAAGAUCUGGAGAUAAGUGACAAUAUGGCGAACGAGGUUCGAGAAAUCUGCUACACGGCGAACAAAUCCAACUGUUUUGUAUGUAAACUUUGCUAUUAG